AUGUCCGGGGCUCACCUGCCCGCUGCCCAAGUGCACCGCGUCCACUCGCUGCACAUGCUCUGCCCAGGUGGUGCUGUGGAUGAUUACAUCAUCCAAGUAGGCGCCAGCAUAUGCAGCAUGCGGAUGCAGCACCCGGUCCAUGAGGGACAAUUUUGCGACGCGGUCAUCAAAGUGGAGGAUGUGGAAUUUGAAAUCCACAAGGUCAUCCUGUGUAAAUGUAGCCCCUACUUCCUUGCUCUCUUCCAACGCUGGUCGAGUUCAAACAAAAAGGUAUUUGUCAUACCGGGAAUGUCUCCCGACAUCAUGCGGCUCAUCAUUGACUUUGCGUACACCAGCUCCGUUUCGGUGACGGAAGAAAACGUGCAGGAGCUACUAAUGGCGGCUGAUCAGCUCAACGUGAUGGACGUCGUGCAGACUUGCUGCGACUUCCUCGGUGAGCAGCUCCGUGCAGAUAACUGCAUCAGCAUCUUUCAGUUGACCGACAUCGUCUUAUCCGCCGAACUGCAGCACAGGGCCUACCGCUACAUGGCCGAUCACUUCGAGGAGGUCGCUUACCAUGACGAGUUCCUGCAGCUGCCCCUGCAGCAACUCAUCGACAUCCUCGAAAGAGACGACCUCAACGUGAGAAAUGAGAGCGUCGCCUUCGAGGCCGUCCUUCGCUGGAUCGACCACGUACCCGGAGAACGGAAAGCACACGUGGCAGUGCUCUUGUCUAAGGUGCGACUGGCCCUGAUGAGUAUGGACUACAUGCGGCUCAAGGUUUUGCCCAAUGAACUGAUGAAGACCAACACUGAGAGCGCGACAAUGGUCUGGGAUGCCCUUAAAUCCAUAAGUCACAUCAGGACAAGCAACUCCUCUGUUGCUCAGCUCAGAAACCCUCUCGCCCGCCCUCGCCUUCCAAACGCCAUCCUGUUGGCCAUCGGAGGCUGGAGCGGCGGCCAUCGAACCAACGGCAUUGAGGCGUACGACGUCCGCGCCAACUACUGGAUCAACGUGACAAACAAUUGCGAGUGGCCCCGCGCCUACCACGGCACGGCUGUCCUCAACGGGAGCCUCUACUGCAUCGGCGGCUUCGACCGGGCGGAGCAUUUCAACAGUGUGCACCGGUUCGACCUGAGCACACGCUUCUGGCACGAGGCGGCCUCCAUGUGCCACCGCCGCUGCUAUGUGAGCGUCACCGUGCUGGACGAAUGCAUCUAUGCCUUGGGAGGCUUCGAUGGGCGCACGCGGCUCAGCACCGCCGAGCGCUACAGGCCCGAGGCCAACCAGUGGAGCCUCAUCGCGCCGAUGCAAGAGCAACGGAGCGACGCCAGCAGCACAACGCUGCACAACAGGGUUUACAUUUGUGGAGGGUUCAAUGGGAACGAGUGCCUGCAAACGGCUGAAUAUUACAUCCCGGAGGCCAACCAAUGGACAAUGAUCAGCCUCAUGAACAGCCGGCGCAGUGGAAUUGGCAUAGUUGCAUAUGCAGGUCUUGUCUAUGCAGUUGGCGGCUUCGAUGGCACUAACCGUCUGUGCAGCGCAGAGGCAUACGACCCCGAGAACAACAGCUGGCACGAAGUGUCGCCCAUGUUGACUCCCCGCAGCAACUUCGGCAUCGAAGUGCUCGACGAUCGUCUCUUCUUCGUUGUCGGGGGCUUCAACGGCUUCACCACCUCCUUCAAAGUUGAGUGCUACGAUGCGACGACUGAUGAGUGGACGGAGGCUUGUGACAUGGAUAUGUUCCGCAGUGCCCUGAGCUGCUGCGUAGUGUCCAGGCUCCCCAACAUGGCCGAGUACGUCGUCAGCCGAGACGCCCUGCCGUUUUUAAACGAGGAUGCAAACUCAGACAAACAAUCCUGA